GCUUCUCAAUUUCAUGAUCACCAUCACCAUCACCAUCACCAUCGUCUUUAUCAGCCCAGCAAUUUCUCAACCAAAUUUUGGUUGUUCAAACAAGACUAGGAAUUACACAGCCAACAGCAUAUACAGCGCCAACCUCCAACACAUCCUCUCUUCUCUCCCGACAGACGACCGCAUCGCCGAAGGCUUCCUCAACAUCUCCUACGGCGAAGGCUCCAACAGAGUCAAUGCCAUUGCACUCUGCAGAGGAGACCUAACCCAAGAGGUAUGCCGCAGUUGUCUCGGCGACUCUGUUUUGGAGCUUCCAAUAGGAUGUCCCGAUAAAAAAGAAGCCCUGAUUUGGUACUCCAAUUGCAUGUUUCGUUAUUCGGAUGUACGGAUUCUUGGGGUUGUGCAAGAUACUCCAACCUUUUGGAUUUGGAAUCUUGAAGAUGCAAAAGACAUACAAGGGUUCAGUCAAGUGGUGCAGGGGUUGUUGGCUCAGUUAGCAGGGGAGGCUGCUUUAAGAGAUUCCAAGCUUAAAUUUGCUGCUGCGAAUGUCAGCAUUGAGAAUGAGGAUUAUUCGUCUGUUUAUGGGAUGGUGCAAUGCACACCGGAUAUUUCACUGUCACAAUGCUUCAAUUGCUUGCAAACUCUUGCCGAGGUUGUUCAAACCUGGUGUCCAGGGAAAAUUGGAGCCAGAAUGAUGAGACCCAAUUGUAAUCUUAGGUAUGAGAUUCAAAGUUUCUUUGAUCCUGCAGCUGUUUCCGGAGUUUCUCGGUCAACUCCACCACCGUCACCGCCAUCCCCUCUCUCCUCAAUCUCACCUCCCCACCUUUCACCAAAUACAUCAACCAAUGCAGAAGAAAAGGAUUCCAAGAGAUUGAAGACUGUCAUCAUUAUAGUUCUGCCCGUGGUUGUGGUUGUUGUACUUGUGGUAUUAAUUGUCAGCAUCUUCAUCUUUUUAAGAGCAAGAAAACAAAAAGUUGGAGUUACAGGUUCAGAAGUAGAUGACACUGCAGAUUUGGAAACUUUGGUAUUUGAUAUCAGUACUAUAAGAAAUGCAACCGAUGACUUCUCAGAUGAAAAUCAUAUUGGACAAGGUGGAUUUGGAGCUGUUUACAAGGGAACCCUUGUUAAUGGACAAGAAAUUGCAGUGAAAAGACUCUCCCAGAACUCCAUGCAAGGAGGAAGUGAGUUCAAGAAUGAAGUCCAGUUAGUGGCUAAACUACAACACCGGAAUUUGGUUCGGCUUCUUGGUUUCUGUCUUUAUGAAGACGAAAGGAUUCUCGUGUUCGAGUUUUUGGAGAACUCAAGUCUUGACAAAUUCUUAUUUGAUCCAUUGAAAGGUCAAGAUUUGGAUUGGGGAAUGCGCUACAAAAUCAUUUUAGGCAUUGUCAGGGGCCUUGUUUAUCUUCAUGAAGAUUCUCAAAUUAAAGUUAUUCAUCGGGAUCUAAAAGCUGCAAAUAUUUUAUUAGAUGCAGAAAUGAAUCCUAAAAUUUCAGAUUUUGGCAUGGCAAAGUUGUUUCAAGAUGAUGAAACACGAAGAAAUACAAAUAAAAUUGUUGGCACUCGGGGAUAUAUGGCACCAGAAUACGCAAUAUACGGAGCAUUCUCAAACAAGUCAGACGUGUUUAGCUUCGGUGUAUUAAUCUUGGAGAUUGUGACCGGACAGAAAAACAGCUCUUUCUAUCAGGAAAAGAACAUAGAUGAUCUUAUAAGCUACGCAUGGAGAAACUGGAGGGAAGGAACAGCACUAAAUGUUGUAGAUCCCAUAUUGAGAGGUGGCCCAAGUAAUGAAAUAAAGAAAUGUAUCAACAUUGGGUUGCUUUGUGCACAAGAACAUCCAGCUGAUAGGCCAAAUAUGGACACUGUACUUCUCUUGCUGAAUAGUGACACAAUCACUCAACCAAUACUUUCUCCACCAGUUGAUUUCAUGAAUAGGAAGCCCAAAUCAGACAUUUCUUCACCAGAAAGGUCUGGUUCACAUGUGGUAGAGAUGGAAUGAGGUGGACCUCGAAGAAACUUCAUCUAAUAAUUGAUUGCAAAGCAUCGAUUACCGAACGACGUUCUCGUUAAUUUUGAGACUGAUCGCUUGUGUGCGCAUUAAUGUCUACAAAUUUUCAAGAAUAAUCAGCAGAUUUUUAUCUAUGUCAAAACAAGCACUUCAUUCAAGUCUGUCUUUGUAUUAUAUAAGAAGAUAAUGACAGCAAAAGAUGUACUCCACAAUUUGUUUUAUAUUCUUUCUAUGACUCCAUAUUAUGGAUAAUGCCAAUUAGUGAGUGGUUUUGAUUACACUCAUAUCAGAGGAUUA